AGCGCGCGAUGAUCGCACAGUUGAUGUUCGCGCGUCGGUGAAGACACAUCCUGCCAGUCACUAGCGCCAGUGACUUGUGCGAACUUUGCGAGUGAUAUAAACGGUUUCGUAUCGGUUGUGACACGCCGGUGGUUUUAUAAAGGGUCAACAAGGUGAAUGAAGAAGUAGUCUAAAAAAGAACCAGGCACAACAUGAAACCCUCAGUAAAAUUUCAGGUGUUGAUUUGCCUGGUGCUAUACACAUCCUGUGUACAAGCAAUCAUGGUGAAGUUCGGCACGAAGGGGGGACCGAUUGAGCCGCCGACGCCGGAGCCGCAGCUGCCGCAGCCGCGGUCUUUCCGUGCGCCCGCGCCGGUCUGGGAACAACGGACGGAUGAUGCACCAGACCCUAAUGCUCAUUGGCGCCCCUUCAUUCCCCAAGAGAAGUACACGCAAAUCUUCAUUAAUUCACCAACCACGACCCCACCACCGCAGAACAGUGCACAACGUUUCGUCAACUCCUACAGACCUACAUACCAACCAGCUUUCCAACCAACAAAUGCUCCAAACCAAUUCUUCCACCCUGGUCAAGUUCUGAGCUCCCAGAGCCUUCCUGGUAUCGGAUUAAGAUACUUCGCUCCCUUUAACGUCCAACAGAACACAGUAUAUAAACAAGAAGAUGCUAAACAUAACCAGGUGGAAACUAACAAUAUUGAUAGUGCGAGAGACUCAUCUAGCGAUCUGCUCUGGAAGUAUGAAAAGGAUGCAGUGCAGCGGAACUUGAGGCACACGUUGGAGGCAACCGCACCAGUUGUAUACCAGUGGCAAUGGCCGGCGUACGUCCAACCUCGGCACUAAAUUAAGAUAAUCUAAAACCUUUGUUAUAACCAUCGCAGUAACUCCUCUCAUUCCCAAUAAGUACUUAAUAGUACUAUUAUAACCACGAUUAAAUUGGAAGGUGAACAUAUAAGGCAAAAAUUAUGCUUGUAGAAUAUAAUUUUAGCAAAAACUGGGAACUAUCCGACUAUAUAUGUAACUGGAGACCUUCACUCGCUUUGUUGUGCUAUAAUGGAAUCUUAAUGGCUUUUAAUAUUAUAUUCAUGAAGGAAGAAGUAUAAAGAAGUCACGAAUCCGUAUGAGUUAAGUCAUGACAAGGCAACAAUUAUGCGAACUGUGAUGUUCUAGAUUUUAUAAUAGUUUUAAAUAAAAGUGCCAGAUAUUAUGUUAUAAAGAAUACAACUACUUUUGACCACUUUUCCAAUAUGUUAGUUACAUUCCACAAAUGUUAAUAUUAUAUGCAAAAUUUUAUUCUUGCAAAAUAUAAUCAACUCAACUGAUCUGGGAAAGUGUUUCAACAUUUUACAAAACUUUAAGUAGGUAGCUAAUAUUAGUAUUUGUGGAAUGUAUAACUGAAGUACAAACUCUUUUAUAUUCGCAAUAAAACAAAUAGAUUAAAUAGAAGGUAAACUUGUUAAAAUUGUAAAAAUAUUUUAUUCAGAAAUGGGGUUGAUAUUUCAAACUGUUUCUUCUUUUUAGGAUUCAUAUUUUUAAAUCGUGUGGUAUUGGCGAGCAAUAGUAAAAUAGCAUCCAUUGAAAAGGAUAAUUUUAUGAGUUUAAAUAAUUUUCCAUAUAUAAAUUAUAAAUUUUUGUGAAUAUUGUAUUAGGAGUACGUUCGGACUAGUUAGAGUUGAAAUUAUGGAAAUGUUAUGGUAAACCUGUCCUGUGAAAUGUCCUGAAAAUUCCGCCAAAGUAAAAGGCGUUAUUUUAGAAGGCUUACCAGUAUAAUGUUAUUUCGGGCUGGGAAGUUGUAAGCAAUUUUUAAUUUUAUAUGAAAAUAUAUUGUUAUUGACAUCUAGGUAUGUAUAGAUGUUUAAAUAAAAACUAUUUUGCUAUAGAUAUCGUUGUUGUAUAAUUAAAUAAUUAAGGAUUUUCAUGUCUACAAAAGGCUUGAAAUUACGCAACGUGAAAUUACAAAUGGUCUUAUUAUACUCUUUUAUUUUGAUCAUUUCACGGCUAGCUCAUCUAAUGACCGAGAGCCAUACAUUUUCAAAAUUGGUUAGAAAAAAUGUCAUUACGGAAAUGAUGUAUUGUAAUAUAAAUACUGAUCACAUACCGUACCUAAUUGUACUAUUAUAUUGUUCUUAUCCUAAUGUUGUAUUUGUAAAAGUUGUAUAAUAAAUAGGUUUUGAUUUUUUUAAAUUGAUGUUGUUUUAAAACAAUUGUUACCAUAAUUUAAGAUAUAGGUUUGAUUUAAUUAGUGUAUAAGCGUAGUUAAGGUAUUUUAUUGAUUGUAAAUAUGUAUAUUAUCAAAUAAAUUUUAUCAGUAAA